UAUAGGCGCCACUCUUAUCCAGUUAAUUUUAAUUAUUAUUAUUUUUGUAAUUUUUCCAAACAUUUUUGUAAAUUAAGAAAUUUUUUUUUUUUCAUAUUUUAUGUGAUAUUUAUAUAUAUUUAUUUGAUUAAAUUAAAAUUUAGGGUAAAAGUGAUGAAUUUUGGAUUUUUUUAAUUAGAUAUUUUUAAUUAAAAUUUUUGAACGUUUUUUGUUGUUUUCAUACAUGACUGGAAUUUGCAUAAAACAAUUAUGGCCAUGGUGGUUAUUAUUACCCACUUGUUUUGGUUUUUGGACAAAGUACACCGUGGAUUACGAUUCAAUGCGAGUUGCUCGUUGUUACUCAAAAUGCGAUCGAUAUUCUUCAAUUAAUGAGUGUAUGGAUAGUUGCCUAUUGUCAAAUUACACAAAACCUGGACAUUGUCCUGAAGAAAAUUCAAUGUCACCUUUCGAAGCCGUUUGUUUGAUUGCAUGUACUAACGAUUCACAGUGCACCGAUUUGGGCAAAUGUUGUGCCAAUGAUUGCGGAAUAACUUGUAUGCAUCCAACAGGUCUUCAAGAUCAUGAAGGUUUACCCCCUGUUCCGGAUGGUAUCGAAAUUCGCAGAGAAAAGAGCAACAUGGUCCUGCUUAAUUGGAUGUCGAAGGACCCGAGGAUUAGUGAUGGUGAUAAUGGAGUCUGGUAUGUUGUGGAAGAACGACAUGUUUUGGGCCCUAGAUACUUGGAAUCGAGGCUUAGUUCUUGGGAUGUUUUGCAUAUGAGCAGCAAGCCGUAUGCUUCGAUCAAGGCAGGAUUAAAAACUGGACACUGGUACCAGUUCCGGGUGGCUGCUGUCAAUGAAAAUGGAUCCAAAGGAUACUCGAUACCUUCCAAACCAUUUAAAACUGCUGAACCGAGGAAUCCGCGGGAGCCACGUAACCUGUCUUUGAGCGGUGCUCGUGUACAGCAAGCUGAUGGGAAGCUGAGAAUACUUCUUCGUUGGAGGCAGCCACCCUCGGACGUUCCGAUCAUGUUUUACAAGUUGUUCUGGAGUCAACUGAUACGCGGACCUACCAAUGAAUCUAUUCUCAUUUAUCAUCGUAGUAUUUCGAAAGACAAGAGCUGCUUCGAAAUUAAAAAUUUGGAAAUUGGGUGUCAGUAUUUUCUACAAGUACAGGCGGUAUCGGUCUACGGCGGCAGAAGAAUGGCUUCAAAAAAAGCUUCCAAGGUCUUCAAUAGCACGGAUUAUUCAAAAUACGCCGAUAUAGAUGGACAUGCCGGCAGAUGUGAACGCCAUCAUGCAGGUUUACGAGUUCGUAGGUUAAUUUGUCAUUGCAAUGACGAAGUUGACGCUAGAUUAGUUUGGCCAACUGACACCGAAGCUCAUAGUUACAAUGUAUCUUGGAAGCUUGAAUCUUGCAGCACUUUUCAUAAUUCUAAAAUAACUCCCAAUCUUAUUGCACCUUCUUCACUGUCCCAUAUCACGCAGAAGACUAGAUUUGACAUAAAAAAUUUGGAAAAAAAUUGUACGUACUCAGUUAAUGUACGUAGUGUCAUAAAUCAUAAUAAUAAUAAUAAUAAUAAUAAUAAUAGUAAUAAUAAUAAAAAAUAUAAUAAUGAAUUGGGACAAAAUGAUAAUAAUUGGCAAGAUAUUAAUGACGACCGUAAUUUGUCAAUAGAGUUGACAACAAAUAUGAAUUGUAAUAAAAUUCGUCAAAAUCGUAAUAAUAAUAAUAAUAAUAAUAAUAAUAAUAAUAAUAAUAAUAAUGAUUUAAAAAUGACAAAAUGUAAAAAAAGAAAAGCAAGA